CACUUUUCGGUCGCCGCAGCAAUCAUGCUGGCCAGCUCGCUCACGGCCGAGCGCAAGCGCAGCACGAGCAGCGACUAUGGCUACUGCGCCUGCUGCGAGAACGCGUGUGCCCACGACGCGCUCAUGGAGGUCUCGCAGCCGUGGAACCCGCUGCGCCGGCCGUCGUGGCAGGCCGCGAUCGUCACGUGCGUCGGCGCAGCCGUGCUCUUCGUUGCCAACCAACUGACGACGCUCCUCGUGGGCUUUUACCCAGCGUACGCCAAGCACACACUUGGCGCGUCCCCGCUCGAGAUCUCGGCGCUCUUCUCGAUCUACCCGCUCUGCAUCAUGCUCUCGUGCCCCCUCGCGUCGAUCGCUGCCAGCAAGAUUGGCCGCCAAAGCGUGCUCUGCCUCGGCCUCUUUGGCAGCGCGAUGGCGACGCUUGCCUUUGCAUAUGCGACCAACGUCUACCUUCUCAUUGCGCUGCGCAGCGUGCAAGGCUGGGGCGCCGGCAUGGCCAUCGUCGGCUCUGUCGCGAUGAUCGCCGACGGCUUUGGUGGCCGCGUCGGGCACACGGUGAGCAUCACAGAGCUCGUGAUUGCGAUCGCGUUCAUUAGCGCGCCCAUGGUCGGCAGCGCGCUCUACGACAUCGGCGGCGUCCAAGUGCCCUUUCUGGCGUCCGGCGUUGCGCAGCUGGCCUGUGUCAUGGUGCUACCGUCGCUCUUCCUCGAGUAUGGGCUCCCCGAUGGUCUCGCGGGCGCGGCGUCCACGAGCCUCAACGCCGAGCCCGAGGUCGGCUACGCCGACGUCCUCACGCACACGUCGCUGAGCUGCCUCGGUGUCACGGCCCUCAUCAUGUGUGGUUUUGGGCUCAUCGACCCGAACCUCGGGUCGCACCUUCAGAAAGAGCUCGGCGCCCAGCACACGGCCAUCAGCGUCGGCUUUGGCCUCAGCGCGCUCGUCUACUACCUCGGCGGCGUGGUCUACAGCGUCUUUAGCACCCAGUGCGGGUGCAAGCCAGCAAUCGUGGCCGGGCUCGUCGUCAGCAGCUGUGGUUUUGCCAGCCUCGGGCUGCCGUCGUUCGUGCUGGCUCCGGCCGCGCCGUCGGUGUGGGCGCUGUGGAGCCUUCAAGGUCUCGCGCUCAUCUUGAUCGGGUGCGGCGCGUCGCUCUCGCUGGCGCCCGUCUUGCCGCUCGCACUCGCGUCUCUGCCGCGCUGUGGCAAUGGCAGCCUCCAGCUCCUCAUUGGUCUCUUUGGGAGCGCUGUGUACUUUGGCCAAGCCCUCGGCCCCUUUGUCGCGCUCGGCCUCAUGCAGGUGCUGCCGGCGCGCCACACGUCCUACUGCCCGGACGGCCACACGUGCGAGAGUCCACUGCCGUGCGUCUUUGUCGUUUUUGCCGCCUUUCUGCUUCUCGUCAGCGUUGUGCUUGGCGUCCGGCUAGCGUCUGAGACGGACCUCGCACCCAAGGCCAAGACGCGCCAGCUCCAAAAGAAGAUGAGCAGCCUCGGCAUGUACCUCCCCGAGUACGGACAGUUCGUCGAGUUUGACGACGACGAGAACCCAGAGAGUUUUGAAGAAGACGAGGCGACGCCGCUCCGGUACUUGCACACGUCGCCGUCCUACGGCACCGGGACCGAGCAAGAAGUGCGGCAAGGCUGGGUCUGCCGACGAAGCGACUCGAGUGGCGGCCGGUACAUUUGUGGCCCUCCCGAGAGCGUCACGACGUGA